AUGCCUACGAUUACAGUCGAAAAGGAGAGAUUCUUCAACGACCUGGGGAAAACAUUCCAGGACGACAAGGAGUUCGAUGGAAUCCUAUUCGACUAUGGCCUCGAGCUGGAUGAGGACACCGAACACACCAACCCGGAGGAGAAGCCGUACAAACUGAAGAUCGAAGUGCCUGCGAACAGAUACGACCUACUAUGCCACCAGGGACUGGUACUGGCGCUCAGGACGUUCAUCGGCACCUCUCCCGCCCCAGCCUACGAGCUCGUCGUCCCUCCACCCGACCAACAAUGGAAAGCCUACGUGAGGAAGGAGACCAGCCAGAUCAGACCGUUCUUUGCCGCCGCCAUCCUCCGCGGGAUCCGGUUCGACGAGCAGCGGUACAAGGACUUCAUCGAUCUCCAGGAUAAACUGCACGGCAACCUCUGCCGCAAGCGCACCCUCGUCGCCAUCGGCACCCACGACCUCAGCAAGAUCGACCAAUCCACCAAAACUAUCUCCUACGAGGCCCGCCCUCCACGGGAUAUCAAGUUUGCCCCCCUCAACAAGCCCUCCGAAUACGAUGCCACUCAACUCAUGGAUCUCUACCAGUCAGAUAAACACCUCAGCAAAUAUCUGCAUAUCAUCCGCGACUCCCCUCUCUAUCCGAUUAUCUACGACCACUCCCGCACAGUUCUCUCAAUGCCACCAAUAAUCAACUCCGACAAGACCAAAAUCACUCUGGAUACCCGCGACGUCUUCAUCGAUGUCACCGCUACCGAUCAGACUAAAUUGGCCAUCGUCAUCAAUACCAUCAUCACAAUGUUUUCUCAAUAUUGUUCCAAGCCAUUCACAGUCGAGCCGGUCGAUAUAAUUUAUGAACAUGAGUUUGCAACGAGCUACCGAUCACCAAAGAUCGAACCCCUCGUGUUUGCGACAAGGCAGUCGUACAUCAACUCAGUCACCGGGCUGACAUUGACGCGCGAAGCGACGAUCGCACUGCUGGAGAAGAUGGGGCACCGAGCGAGUAUCGGUACCUCAGCGGACAGGCCGGCGAUCAACACCUCCACCUCACUCGUCCUCCAACAGGCCUCCGCUGACGACCUCCUCUCCGUCACCGUCCCGCCCACCCGUCCUGAUAUCCUCCACGAGUGUGACCUCGUCGAAGAUGUUGCUAUCGCCUACGGCUUCAACAACUUGACUAAAACCUUCCCGAGUACCAAUACCGUCGCCAAACCUUACCCGAUCAACAAACUCUCUGACCUGGUUAGGAAAGAAUGCGCCUUUGCUGGAUGGCUAGAGGUCCUACCACUCACACUUUGUUCACAUGAUGAGAACUUCAAGUUUUUACGCAAGGAGGAUGAUCAAAGCGAAGUGGUAGUGCUAUCGAAUCCAGCGACGAUUGAGUUCCAAGUAGUCCGGACCUCAUUACUGCCUGGGUUAUUGAAGACGAUUCGAGAGAACCGUAAACACAGUCUUCCGAUGAAAGUCUUCGAGGUCUCAGACGUCGUCCUCAAGGACCCGACGCUCGAGCGCAAGGCUAAGAACCUGCGCAGAGUCGCGGCCGUCUAUGUCGGAAAAAAGAGCGCCGGGUUCGAGGUCGUCCAUGGCCUCCUCGAUCGCAUCAUGGCCAUCCUCGAAAUCGAGUGGGUCGGCUCGGUCCCUGAUCCUUCUCGCAAAACUUCUAGCCGAGGUCAAUACCGCAUCGAAGAAUCCAACCAUCCUACAUUUUUCGACGGCCGGUCGGCUAAGAUCUUAUAUAGACCCAAUCCAGCCACCUCUCAAGAAAACCCCGAUUGGAUCCAGAUCGGGAGGUUGGGCAUCUUGCAUCCUAUCGUCCUGAAAAACUUCGAGCUCGACUUCCCUUGCUCUUCUCUUGAAUUUGAUCUCCUUCAGUUCUUAUAA